AUGGAAGACCUCAUCUUUCACAUGUUUUUCGUCGUGCCGCUGACGCGGUGGAUCACCAACCCGGAGCGUGCGUGGAAUCGAAAAUCACAGCGAAACGGCAUCAUUCUCGCUGUUCUCGCACUCUUCUGCAUCGGCGUCAUUCAGUCGAGUCGCGAUUCGGAGAACUACUACGAGACUCUCGGAGUCCCGCCUGGUGCGCCGCCCAAGGUCGUUGCAGGAGCGUAUCGAAAGCUUUCCUUGCAGUAUCAUCCGGACAAAAACCCUCACCCCGACGCCAAGGAAAUUUUCGAAAAGAUUCGCGAGGCUCACGAGGUCUUGGGGAAUGAGAAGCGAAGGAACUCGUAUUGCCGGUUCGGCGACUUCAGCAAAGAGGGGGAAAUCGACGAAGAGCAGUUUUAUGACGUCCUGUUUCUCGCGGUGUUUCAACUCCUCAUCCCUUUCCUCUUUGCGUACCUCUACACCUACGGCGAAGACUCUGUCGCAUCUCGCAAGAUUUUCGCUUGCUACGUCGCGACGAGUUUCUCGCUCGAGGUGCUUCUCCGCUUCGACGCCAGCGCCUUCGAUAUCCUUUCGUUCGUUCCGUUCGUGGGAAACCUGUUGCCGUUUGAGAAGAUUCGACUGCUGCACGCCUGGAUGCCCGUCGUGCUCAACGGCCUGCUGCUUCUCGGCUCGGAGCUCGCAGACGUCGAAGACGACAUCCUCGACAGCGCCUCCCGCCACAUCCUCAACUCGAACCUCGAUGCGCUCCCCUGCAUGGAGCGUUUUCUGGAGGCGGCGGAGGCGACGCUGCGAGCGAGCGGCGGCGUCGCCGUCAAGCGGGCGUGGAUCGCGCGCGGUGCGGGCGUCGCGGAGCGCAGCGCGGCGGAUAAGGCGCUGAUUGCCUGGGUCUCGGGCGCGGAGCCGAAGGCAGAUCUCGACGAAGCGGCGCGGACGCGUCUGCGCGAGCUGGGCUACGUCGAAGUUCUUCACUACGUGCGCCCAUGGCGGCUGAAUCCCGCCGUUGUCUCUGAGGAGAUGCCUGACCUGUGGGGUGCUGCGAUGAAACCCGAAGUCCGCAACUGGCCGGCCGACCUGACGAUGGAAGACAUCGCGACUCGCGCGGAGUGCACCGAGCGCGGAUGGGAUCGCCGGCACGACGCCAUCCUGAAGCUUCUCGACGACGCGGAAGAAGAAGACGAGAAGACUGGCAGAGGCAUCUCCGUCGGCACGAUUAUUUUUUUCGGCUCGCUGCUCCUUAGGUGGUAUCGAGGCAGUUCGUAG